AUGGGCAACCAGCUGACGGCCAAGGCGCCGCCCCCGCUGCACCUGGUCCUGGUGGGGCUGGACGCCGCCGGGAAGACGGCGCUGCUGUACCGGCUGGCGCUGGCUGAGUUCGUCGAGCCGGUGCCGACCCGCGGCUCCAACGCCGAGACGGUGCGGCUGGCGCUGGGCGGGGCCCGGCGGCGGGUCCGCCUCCAGCUGUGGGACGUGGGCGGGGUGGAGAAGCUGCGGCCGCUGUGGCGGUCGUUCACGCGGCGGACGGACGGCCUGGUGUUCGUGGUGGACGCCAGCGCCCCCGAGCGGCUGGAGGAGACCCGUUGUGGUGAUGGCGGAUGGAUACGUCCUCGGUCCUCUAGUAUAGAUCCUGUGUUUGUGAGGAUGUUUUAA